UUUGGAUCUAUAUAUCGCAGUACGGAACAAGUCUGAGGCGCCCUUUUUGCUGGACCAGUGACCAGAUCUGAUCGGUGGAUCUGUGGCCGCAGAAAUGUCUGUCUCGGUCAAACCGUUAACGUCGUUUCUUAUUCAAGAUAUACUGUCCAUUAAAGAGGACAAACGAUUGAGCGCCUUUGGAUGUGCUUCACUCGGUGAACCAACACAGCGGUGUAGAACUACCACAGGUGAAGACACACAAUCUCCUAGGUACAAAUGGACAGACUGUGCCAACAGACAGCAAACUAGUGACAAUGUACUCGCAAAUGAAGCUGACACAGAGGAACAAGCCUCUACUGCUCGUAUCAGUGGUGGGGAAAAAGAUUCCAACGACAGAUCUUGCACCAGUUCCCCGGACCUAAAAAGCAGUCACUCUGCCGAGAACUUCGGCGGAGUCGGAAAGCAGAAGCGUUCUCGCGCCGCGUUUACGCACAUGCAAGUGUUGGAGCUGGAGAAGAAAUUCAACCAGCAGAAGUACCUUUCCGCACCAGAGAGAGCGCAUCUGGCCAGCAGUCUGAGGUUAACCGAAACACAAGUUAAAAUCUGGUUUCAGAACAGAAGGUACAAAACCAAAAGGAAGCAACUGGCAUCAGAGUAUGGUAAGGACCCCUUUCAACAACCGGAGGGACUAUCUUUCCAUGGCACGGAGGAGGACUUGGUUAGAGCGUCACUUUUCGCAACUAUGUACAAAGCUUACCAAUAUCGGCCAUAUUUUUACGACCACAGUGGUUUCGGCGUAUGGAAAUCUACAUUAUGGUGAAAAAAUGAAUAGACAUUGGACAGUAAUUCACGAUGUCACUCAUAUGUGAAGUGCAGAUUACACAUGUAUAAAACGUCAGAUUAUGACAUUUAUCUUUAGCAUUAAACGUUUGUUUGUCUGUUUUUCA